CAACGAACCCAUCAUUAAUUCUCCCUGAGUUUCAUUUCAACGAGAUGAAGAAGUUUCAGCUGUUUCAGCCAUUGCAUUUUCUUUCUCUUUUAUUUUUCAUAUUCAUGGCUAUGGUCAAGAUUCAGCCAUCUUUCACCAGUCCUUCCUUGUCGCAGCCAAAUUGCAGUCUUCCAUUCAAAUGUGGGAACAUCACAGCCGGUUAUCCUUUCUGGGGAGGUGACCGAUCCAGUGGCUGCGGCCAUCCUGAUCUACGGCUCCAUUGUGGCUAUGAAUUUUUCAAUUAUAGCAACUAUGAGCAUUCAAAGCAUUAUGAUGCACCUAACAUAGCGAUCAAUGAUGUGUUAUACAGUAUUUUGAAUAUUGACGAGAAAGCCCAUACUCUCAGGAUUUCAAGAAUAGACUACCUGGGCAGUAUCUGCUCUCCCCAGUUCACUAGCACCACCAUCAUUUUGGGGCUUCUUGAUUAUGAUCCAGCGUAUGAGAUGCUUAGUUUAUCUUACGGUUGUGAUAUAUCUACCAAUUCACUAAUUCCGUCAAACAUCACUUGCCCCAGAUAUUAUCCUUUUCCCAAUGUAUACAUAACACGAGGGCUCACCAAUCCUCUAGGGUGCGUCUCUAUCAGCGUUCCAGUUUCUAGAAGUUUGACUACAUCAGCAAUAACAGGGAAUUCUUCGGCCCUGAACGAAGCCAUGAAAGAAGGCUUUCAGGUGAAAUGGACCGUGAGCGGCAUCACAUGUGAGGAAUGCAACUCUAAUGGAAGUUGCGGUUUCGAUCUUCUCUUAAAUCAAACAAGUUGCUACUGCCCAGAUGGACAAUUCUCCGCAUCAUGUUCUUCACCUUCAUCAGGAUCAAUUUUCAGCAAGAGGAGAAAUGCUUUCAUAGGAGUUGCUGUUAGCGUGGUGGGAAUACUGAUAAUCCUCUGUGUAUUUCUCAUGGGCGGCAGUCUAAGACAACUGCUUACAUUAGAUAAGGUUGUCUUCUUCUGGAGGGAUAAAACAGAGAACGAUAAAAAGUUGGAGGCCCUUGUUACAAGCUACGGGUCUCUUGCUCCAAAAAGAUAUAAUUAUUCAGAUAUUAAAAAGAUAACAAAAUCAUUCAGCAAUAAACUUGGUCAAGGUGGUUACGGCGAUGUUUACAAAGGAAUGUUACCUGAUGGUCCUCCUGUAGCUGUCAAGGUCUUGAAGGAAUCAAAGGGUACUAAUGGAGAAGAAUUUAUGAAUGAGGUGGCUAAUAUCAGCAGAACAUCCCAUGUCAAUAUAGUCACUCUUCUAGGGUUUUGUUAUGAGAGAAAUAAAAGAGCUUUGAUUUAUGAAUUCAUGCCUAACGGGUCUUUAGAUAAAUUCAUAUAUGAUCAAAAAUCUUCAAGCAUAAACCAAAAAUUGGAUUGGAAGACAAAGUUUCAGAUUGCAGUUGGAAUUGCAAGAGGACUAGAGUAUUUACACAGAGGUUGUAGCAUCAGGAUUGUGCAUUUUGAUAUAAAACCUCCCAACAUUCUUUUGAAUGAAGACUUUUGUCCAAAGAUAUCUGAUUUUGGGCUUGCUAAACAAUCCAAAAAUAAGGAAAGUAUCUUGUCAAUGUUGGAAGCAAGAGGAACUAUGGGGUAUAUUGCCCCGGAAGUAUAUAGUAGAAACUUUGGAGGAGUCUCUCACAAAUCUGAUGUGUAUAGUUAUGGAAUGAUGAUUCUUGAAAUAGUAGGAGGAAAAAAGAAUAUUGAUGAUGCAACAUCCCACACCGGUGAAAUAUAUUCUUCACAUUGGUUAUUCAAGCAUCUUUUGUCAGGCGAAGAACAGUGCAUUAAUCUUCUUGGGGUUGUCACUGCAGAGGAAAAAGAGAUGGCGAAGAAGAUGAUCCUUGUAAGCUUGUGGUGCAUUCAAACUUUUCCAUCGGACAGACCAUGCAUGACUAAGGUUGUGGAAAUGCUGGCAGGUAGCCUAGAAAACUUGCAAGCUCCACCGAAACCUCCAACGUUUUCUGCAACUAUGUCACCAUCUAAGCAUAUUCCCCUGCAACAUCACCAACGUAAACUUGAAUCACAGGAAGAAGCCAGCAGUGAGCCGAGCGACCUGUGAAAUACACUUAAAGUUUGUAUAACAAUUAUCUGUCGAGCAUUACAGACAUUCUGAUCUAGAAUACAAACAAUUCUGGCAUACAAUCUAAUUACAGAUCAAACGCUAACCAUCUUUGCAAAUCA